CUUGGAGCGUACAAGUGUUUUUGUCUAGUUUGUGUCUAUUAGCUUUUUAUGUUGUAGUUGGAUUGCUGCUCUUUCGAAUUAAGUUUGACACAACACAAGGCAACAGAAGUACGAUGACCUGCAUCCAUCACAAAAGCCACAUUAUCAAUCUUCAACUCAGCCGGCGGCUCUAGUUUGCCUGUUCCGCGAGGGUCGAAGGAGGGUCUGACAAGACACCAUUCCAUCGACACGGGUGAUUCUCGCAGUAAGUCCACGGGCUCACGCAGCAAACGACGUAGCAGUGCGAACGGCGCUUUUACACCUUCACCGUCAAAAGCAAUGUCGUUGGCUUCCACAUCAGCAGCUGGG